AUGGAUGAUGGUACGGGUCAUCUCAUACGUCUUCACUCCAUCAUCGGCAUGGGUGCGUAUGGCACUGUCUUCAAAGCCUACCGACUUCCGAAGGAGCACGGUGACAAGGAAGAGAUGUGGCGUACCAAGGCCCAAGCUGUCGCGGUAAAGCAGACCAUCUUCACAGAGGUGGUUGACGACAUCACAGUUGUCCUGAAGGAAGUGUCAUACCUAAGCAACCUGCAGCACCCUAAUAUUGUCUCCUAUUACACGGCCUUUACAAAUCAUGGCAGGCCUUCCGCAGCACCACCGCCACCACCACCGUCAAAGGGCAUACAGGGCGAGGUGGAAAAGGCGGCUUUGAACUUUGCAGAGGUACCAUCACUCUGCAUCGUUGAGGAACUAGUGGAAGGUGCGUCUGUCGCAAAGGUGUUGCGAAUGAUUGCGUCUGGUCAAAUCGACAAGCCCAUGACGGAGGCGGAGGUCGCCGUGGUGUUAUACGAUGUUCUCCAGGCACUGCUCUAUAUUCACGAGGAGUGCCGCCUCGUCCAUCGCGACAUUAAACCGCUGAACAUGCUUCUCAGUCGUGCCACCGCGUCCGUGAAACUGUGCGACUUUGGCACGUGCGCCGACAUGAGCCAACAGGCUGGCCGCUACACUGUCAUCGGCACCAUUGGUUGGAUCGCCCCGGAGGUGCUUGACAGCGGCAUGAUGGACUACCGCUCCGGCCACGUUACGUCACACAGCUUUCCCACCGACAUCUGGUCACUUGGGGUCUCAGCGCUCGAGAUGGCGCGGCCUACAGCACGCAAAACAGCCUUCUCUGAAUACAUCAAAGAUCUCAGCGCCUCGCCAUGCUCGGUAGAACCAACAGUCAACGCCUCGCGCAAGAGCUUCCUCAAUGAAAAGUUGCCGACAGGACGGCUGAGGGACUUUAUUGCCUGCUGUCUUCGAAAAGAUCCACAAAUCCGGCCGACGGUUCGGCAGCUGUUGCAACAUCCACUUAUCGUUGGCAAUGGUGUGUCCAACGUGAAGGAGCGGCGUGCGAGAAUAACAGCCGUUCUUACAGCGGUGCGUGCCGCCAGCAAGGAAAGCGCCGUGGCAGAGGAAAAGAUGGCCGACGAUGGCAUCGUGCUGCCACAGUACUCUACCUCCCCUACACUCUCUAAGAACCGAUGCAUGGAGGCAAUUGCGGCCAUUAAGCGCGACUUCUUUGCCGCACAAGCGCCGCUGCCAGAGAAGUCGCGCACCUCGCACUACGCAUGGCGCCUGCCGUCGCAUCUCGCCCGUAUGUCAUCAUCGGAGGACUGUCGCUAUAUGCCGACGCCGUUGCGGCCUCAGGGACUUGGGCAAGUGCCGGUCACCCCAAUGUCGGCAGCAUCGGCGCGAACUGCGAUGUCGCUGAAGCCGCUCUUUGACUCGGUGGUGCUGCCGGCGACGGCGGAAAGCCAACGUGCGGUGUUGGGUAUCAUGCGCAAGUACCGCAGGCUUGCUGGGGCCCACACGGUGGGCGGCUGGACCGACAUUGAUCAACGCAACGACGCCUGUUACACUCUCGACGAGCUUGCGUCUCAGAACCUAAAGCGUGAGCGUUUUGUGCAGCUUCACGACGAACUGUUGCGUGCCUUUAAGGCAGCCUGUAUGUCUAUUCCAGACUUUGGAAUCGAUUUUCUCUCCACCUUUGUGCAGUCUGUGACGUCAUCGGACGAUGACGCGCACGAUCUUCAACGGUUCAUCGCUUACCUUCAUCAGCUACAGGAGGAGGACCUUAUGCACACCCACCGUGGUCAGUUGGAACUCAACGACUCCAAAGUGGUGCCAACUCGCGGUCCUUCUGUCGCUCUACCAACAACACGUUCGCUGACCUUUGCGACGGCGGAAGACUGGCUGCGUUUCCCGCGCAUGCCACAGUCUGCGAUUCCGAUGAGUACUAGCCAUGUUGGAGGGGAGGAUUCAAACACUGAUGCCAUGCGGCAGCAAGCGCCACUUGUAAUCCCUUCAGCGUAUCUGUUCAACAAGUGGCUGAAGGGGAAGCAAGCGGACGCCUUCGGGGCGUCAUGA